AAAUCUAACGUUUGCUUCUAUCGUAUUCUAUUUCGUUAUGCUAGUUACCACAAAAAUAAAACCCCGAGCGCUCACCAAAAAAAAAAUCGAAACGACCAAAAAAGGCUAGAAGGUUCUAUCCUGUGAGAUCAAAAUAUCUGAAACUUUUAGCAUUCAUCAACUAAUCCAUCAAUCAGCUAGUCCUUCUUCCAUACCUUAGAUAGAUAGAAUAUACCAUAAUGGACUCAUCAACAAUCAUCUUUAUUGCAACUUUAGCAGUGGCAUUUGUAUUUUUAAGAUGGUUAAUCACCCCUAUACCCAAUUCUCAUGAAUUAGAAAGAUCAGUAAAUCAAUAUCAACAACAUCAAGAACAAGAACCAAUAAGACGUAGAAGACAAGUCACUGAUAGUAUGAUUGAAGUUGUACAAGCUAUUGCUCCUACUUUGACUCGUGAUCAAAUCAUUAUGGAUUUAAAUCAAACUGGAUCUGUCGAACUUACUAUAGAUAGAUAUAUGGAAUUAGGUGGAUUACCAUUACCUCCUUCAUCCAGUGCAAAUACAGCCACCACUACUAGCCCUGUUGCUAAUGAUAGUGCUACCACUACAUCAAAUAAUGUAUCAACUGGGAAUGCAUCAACAACUCAAAAGAAACCUAACAAUGUUAAGAAAUCAUCCAUUAGCUUAUUAGAAAAAUAUAAUAUUGAUCCUGACAGUGCUUCAACAUCAUCAUUCUCAAAUAAAUCAGAUUUAACCUUACAGGAAAGAAAAGUUAAGAUGGUUUUAGAAGCCAGAUCUAGAUAUCAAGAAAGUGUAAAGAAAGAAAUCUAAAAUUAGAGUAGUUUACCAAAAUAGUUGAUGUAUAUAGGAACAGAGUUUAAUAGAAGUUAAUGUAUAACUAU